UCUCUGGCAUUUCCACCAAACCAUUUUUUGUACGGAAACAUUUCUUCUCCUUCUCACGAUCGGUCAAUAACUUGCUGCUCAUAACAAUUUCGAUUCCUCUGUUUCAUCAUUUGAACUUCGAUUUAAGGGUUCUUGAAUUCUCGAAUAAAAAUCUCACCUUUAAAUGGGAAAGCCGACGGCGAAGAAGAAAAAUCCGGAGACGCCAAAAGAUGCUUCCGGCGGCGGCGGCGGAGGAGGCAAGUCAGGGAAAACUUACCAUCGUUCUACUUCGAGGGCAUUUGACGAAGAUAUGGAGAUUUUCAUUAGCAGAGCACUUGAGCUCAAGGAAGAAGGUAACAAGCUGUUCCAGAAACGCGACCACGAAGGUGCGAUGCUGAGUUUCGACAAAGCCUUGAAGCUCUUGCCUAAGGAUCAUAUCGAUGUAGCUUAUCUAAGAACGAGUAUGGCUUCUUGUUAUAUGCAAAUGGGAUUAGGUGAGUAUCCGAAUGCGAUUAGCGAAUGUAAUUUGGCUCUUGAAGCUUCUCCUAGGUACAGUAAGGCUUUAGUGAGACGUUCUCGUUGUUACGAGGCUUUGAAUAAGUUAGAUUACGCGUUUAGGGAUGCUCGUAUUGUUUUGAAUAUGGAGCCGGAAAAUGUGUCUGCAAAUGAAAUCUUUGAUAGGGUGAAGAAGGUGUUGGUGGAUAAAGGUGUUGAUGUGGAUGAAAUGGAGAAGAACUUUGUUGAUGUGCAGCCUGUUGGCGCUGCUCGUUUGAAGAAGAUUGUUAAGGAGAGGUUGAGGAAGAAUAAGAAGAAGAAGAAGAAGAGUGGUGGGAAGGAUGAGGAACUGAAGAGCAACAACAGAGGUGUUGUUGAGAGUCCAAAGGUUGUUGUUGACAAGGGAGACGAAGCAGAGAGCAAAAAUAAGCCGAAGGAGGAAAAGAGCGAUAAGUCUGAGAUUGAUGGAAAGGUUGGUGGCAAUAGAGAAGAAAAGAAAACAAGUUUUAAGGGUGAUAAAGGACAGAAAAAGAAAAGUGGUAGUAAGAAGGCAGGAGAAGAGAGGAAGGUGGAGGAUAAGGUCGUUGUUAUGGACAAAGAGGUCAUUGCUUCCGAGAUUGUUGAAGGAGGAGGAAGCACAAAAGGAGGGGCAACGGUUACUAGGACUGUCAAGUUGGUACAUGGAGAUGAUAUAAGGUGGGCACAAUUGCCGUUGGAUUCUACUGUUAGACUUGUAAGAGAUGUAAUCAGGGAUCGGUUUCCUGCUUUAAGGGGUUUCCUCAUUAAAUAUAGGGAUACUGAAGGUGACUUGGUAACCAUUACCACAACAGAUGAGCUGAGGCUAGCUGCUUCUACUCAUGAUAAACUUGGCUCCCUUAGAUUAUAUAUAGCAGAAGUUAACCCCGACCAAGAACCAACCUAUGAUGGCAUGAACAAUACUGAAUCAACUGACAAGGUUGCUAAGAGAUUGAGCAGCCUUGCGGACAAUGGAAGUGUCGGAGAAUACGUGGAAUCUGACAAAGCAUCUGCGUGCUUUGAAAACUGGAUUUUCCAGUUUGCGCAAUUGUUCAAGAACCAUGUUGGGUUUGAUUCUGAUUCGUACUUGGACCUUCAUGACCUUGGGAUGAAGCUGUAUACGGAAGCAAUGGAGGAUGCUGUCACUGGUGAAGAUGCGCAGGAACUCUUUGAAAUCGCUGCUGAUAAGUUCCAAGAAAUGGGUGCACUAGCUUUGUUUAACUGGGGUAACGUCCACAUGUCCAAGGCAAGGAAGCAGGUCUGUUUACCCGAGGAUGCCUCGAGAGAAGCUAUAAUAGAAGCAGUUGAGGCUGCAUUUGUGUGGACACGGAACGAGUACAACAAAGCUGCAGAGAAAUAUGAAGAAGCGAUUAAGGUUAAACCUGAUUUUUACGAAGCUCUUCUAGCACUUGGGCAAGAGCAGUUUGAACAGGCAAAGCUUUGCUGGUAUCAUGCACUCAAAAGCAAGGUAGACCUAGAAAGUGAGGCUUCCCAAGAGGUCCUGAAGCUCUAUAACAAAGCUGAAGAUAGUAUGGAGAGGGGUAUGCAGAUCUGGGAAGAGAUGGAAGAAUGUCGUCUAAAUGGAAUCUCCAAGUUAGAUAAACAUAAAAACAUGUUGCGGAAGUUGGAGUUGGAUGAAUUGUUUAGCGAAGCUUCAGAAGAAGAAACUGUGGAGCAGACAGCUAAUAUGAGUUCUCAGAUUAACCUCUUGUGGGGUUCGUUGUUAUAUGAACGGUCUAUUGUGGAGUACAAGCUUGGACUACCAACAUGGGAUGAAUGUUUAGAGGUUGCAGUGGAGAAAUUUGAACUAGCUGGAGCUUCUGCAACUGAUAUAGCUGUGAUGAUAAAGAAUCAUUGUUCAAGCGAGAGUGCACUUGAAGGUAUGGGAUUCAAGAUUGAUGAAAUAGUGCAGGCAUGGAAUGAGAUGUAUGAUGCCAAGAGAUGGCAGAUGGGUGUCCCAUCUUUCCGGCUAGAACCGAUGUUCCGCAGACGAGCCCCGAAACUGCAUGAUAUCUUAGAGAAUGUAUUUUCAGGGCCUGCUUGACGGAAUAUUCUUCUCAUAUACACAUAAAAAUAUCAUUUUGUGUAUCACUAGGUACCUUGUUUAUUUGGGAGUGGUGUGCAUUAUUUCUCCUCUCUAUUGGUAUGUUUUGUUAUUUUUCCAAAGGAAUAUUUUUUUGGGAUAUACUCUUGGCCUCUGCGGUUUUGAUGUGGUGGCUGAGACAUUGGGAUUCAGUGCAGAGAAGAAGGUUAGAUGGUGCUAAUUCUCUUCUCUUCAGAUUGAUACAAAAAUAUUGGUUAUUUGUUGUUCUUUCUUUUGUUUGGUUUACACCAUAGCUCUGUAAUCUUUGUUGUUUAUUGUUAAGUUGGAUUAGCUUCUAUGAAAUUCGUGAUUGUUGUGUGCAUGUCUCCGUCACUUUAAAGAAAAUCCAGACUCUUUU